AGAAGAAAGGAGGGGAUUAAGAUAGCAGUGGGGCCCACCUAAUGUUCUGUUUGUUUCCAGGGUUGGAUAACGGAUUGCUAAGCCGGAGGCUUAAAGAUGGUCCUUGCUAACAGGAUUCAUAGUCUGCCCCAAGCGUUGGUAUUGAAAAUUUAGUCCGUUGGUAUUAGGAGAGAGAUUACUAAUUUACCCAUUGUUGCCCUAGCUCAUCCUUGAAGAAGCAGCAGCAGAAUGAAGGAGAGGCAAAGAGAAGAUCUCAUCUUCUUUAGAUUUUCGAUCUGAAGUCUGCCCUACUCAUCCUUGGAAGCAACAACAGCAAGAAGGAGAGGCAAAAAGAAGCUUUCUCUCCUUUACAGUGUGCCCUAGCUCUCUCUCAUCUUCAGAUCUUUGAUCUUCAGAUUUACUAUCUCGUAGAUGCGGGUUACACAAAUGGGGAGGGUUUUCUUGCAGCAUAUAGAGGACAACGUUACCAUCUUUCCACAUGGAGAGAAGGGAGUGCCCCAACAACUCCACAAGAGUUUUUAACAUGAGGCACUCUUCUGCUCGUAACGUCAUUAAGAGGUGUUUUGGAUUACUUAAAAUGAGGCGGGCAAUAUUGAGGACUUAUUCUUACUUUCCAAUCAAGACUCAAUUUCGUAUUAUCACUGCUUGUUUCCUUCUCCACAAUCUUAUACAACGUGAAAUGCUUAUGGAUCUUGAUGAUGAUGAGAACGAGGAAAUGAAUCUUCCUCCUCUAGAUACUGAAUUAGGAGACGAAAUGAUUGAUAUUAUUGAAGCACCUGAUCAAUGGAGUGAAUGGAGAACUGCCUUGGCAACCCAAAUGUUUAAUGAAUGGCAAGCAAGCAGAGGUACCACUAGUUCUCGUAAGAAAGGGAAACCUCGAAGGUUUUGGAAUCACUGUGAGGAAGUAUUCCUCAUUACAACCAUGAAGGAUGUAAUAGCAAGUAAUCCCAGGUGGAAGUUUGAUAAUAAUCAAUUUAGGGCAGGCUUCUACAAUGAAUGUGAGGAGAAGAUCUUAAGUGCAUUUCCUAGAACUGAUCUUCGAGCCAGUCCUCACAUCGACUCGAAGAUUAAAUUUUGGAGGAAACAAUAUAAUACUCUGCAAGAUAUGUUAAACAUAAGUGGUUUUGGUUGGGAUGAUGAACAAGAGAUGGUGCUUGUUGAUAGUGACGACGUAUGGCAGAACUAUGUCAGGAGGGUGCCAGAUGCAAAAGGGAUGCGAAACAAGCCAUUCCCAUUAUAUGAAGAUUGGCUUAUUCUAUUUGGGAAGGAUAGGGCGAUUGGUGAACUGGCUGAGGAUCCUGCUGAUGCAGUUACAGCCAUGGAAAAAGUGGAUGCAAAUGCAACUACAGAAGAAAGAGAACAGUCUCCUGUUGAACAGUUUAGUAUGAACAUGGGUGAUACAGAUUACUCAAUUUCUACUGCAGAACUUCUGAAGUUGCCAAUGAGUAAUACCCAAAGAUUGAUGGAAGCAUUUAUGAUAGUGAAAGAUGAAGACAAAGUUGACUUGUUUUUCAGUUUAGAUGAGAAUGACAAGAUGGAGUGGGUUUCUUUGCUAUUGGAAGGUCAUAUUUAAAUGUGACAUCUACUGUAUGAUGGUCUUUUUGUUUCCCACAUGACUUGUAAUAUAUUAUCUGAUGCAUAAAUAUUAUAGGUUAGGUAGUUUCUGCUGCUACAAUACUUUAUGAUGGUCUUUUUGUUGAGUAAAUGUUGCUCCUGUGUUGGGCUGGUUUUUGUAACUUGGUAGUAGAAAAUCUGCAGUUCAUGUAUUAUUGUUGUUAUGCAGCAGGGCUUGGAAUGUAUGAGAAAAAGGAAAUCAUGAGUUAAAUUGUAAUAGAUUAUUUUUGUAAUA